CUCCCCUUUUCGGCUUGGCUAAAUCUAUAUAUUAGUCAUGUACCAUCCAAAGGAUAAUAAUUUAGUUGGUUUGAAAUAGGAUUGUAGGUUUUGCUAUUUGUCACAGAAAGGGUAAGCUUAUUAAAGGGGUGUAUCUAAGGCAAUAAUUUUUCAGUUUGAGAAUAAAGAGAAAGCAGCAACUGGCCUAGUUUUUCUAUAUUGUUUUUUUUUUUUUUUACGAAAUACGAAAUACGCCGCGAAUCUUGUAGCAAAUCCCACCGUUAAUUCCCUGAUUUACUGACUAACCCUUUACUCCAGGAAUGGUACGUUCAUGUAUCACCCCAGUUAAAACCACAUGGCUAAUUUCUAUUUUUGGCCACGCCCUCUGUCUGAGUGUGCACGAAAACAAACAUUUAGUAUUUCGCAAGUUCUCCACUUGAGGUAUUUCAAAAUAAAAGCUAAGUGAAGUCGCAUUGCUGCAGUUACUGUUGAUUCAAACUCGAGUUCAGACGACACGGUCGAUUUGUUUAACGCAUCUUCGUACCAUAAUGCAUUCGCUGAUGUUGUCCAUUUUCGCUAUUUUGGUGGUCCCUACGGUCAUAGCAGUCGGUGGUCUAGGCGGUCACGUGUCUCUCCUGUUUCGCGCCUUUUCAAACCCAAGUAACCUGUUAUUGAGCGGUGACUGCUGUGAUCCAGCAUGUGCGGAUUGCAACUAUUACUUCUUGUUUUGUAUCCGUAAUGACCCGAGCUCUGCCAGCUGCUUGGUAUCGGGUAAAACCAAGACAUAUCACAAUUACAAACACUUGGUGUUCACGUAUGGCGAUUCUCUUGGAAACGGCUGGCAAAAUCCUGUGGAAGGAAGUUUUAGUUCUUGGAAGGGUGUGCUAAGCUUUAGCAUUGAAGUCAUGGACUAUGACUACUUUUCCGGAGCUGAUGUCGUUGAUCGCUUCAGUGUGAACAAACUGAACGUGAUGCCAACCCCUUGGAUGGAGUCGAUCAAAUGGAGAACGAUUACACUUGGCGGAGGAGGCCAUCCUUCCACCAUGACAUUGAAAUAUAACGUACAAUGCAAUGCAAAUUAUUAUGGGUCGAAUUGCACGACGUACUGUAUGGCAAAAGACAAUGAUGUAGCUGGUCAUUACACCUGCGAUAAAGCCGCCGGUCACAAGGUCUGUCGUACUGGAUGGCACGGUGUCAGCUGUAAGAUCUACUGUGUGUCUCAUGAUGAUGACACACGUGGACAUUACACUUGUGAGUCUGGAACAGGAAGAAAAGUUUGUCUACAAGACUGGUAUGAACCUAGCUGCACAGUGCACUGUGCAGCUAGGAAUGACUCUCUGGCGGGGUACUCUUGCGAUUCCCAGGGGCAAAAAGUUUGUUUGCGGAACUGGUACGGUAGGAAUCAGUGCAACGUUUAUUGCAAACAAACUAACAAUUCGAGCGCUGGUUACAAUUGUGGCUUAAAUGGGAACAAAGUAUGUUUACAAGACUGGUAUGGUCCAUCUUGCGAUUGCACGCCAAAGAAUGAUUCAUACAUGGGUUACAGGUGUAAUAUUAGCAACGGCAGAAGAGAGUGUCUUAAAGGAUGGUUCGGCGUCGACUGUAACAUCCAAUGUUUACCAGGAAACGAUUCAGUAGGUCAUUACACUUGUCACAAUAGGACUGGAGCUAAAGAGUGUCUUCCCAACUGGUUUGGGGAAAACUGUACUGUUUUCUGUAAGACCAGUAAUGAUUCUUCGGGUCGACAAGAGUGCACACUUAACGGAAGCCGACCUUGUGCCAGAAACUGGUAUGGUCCAAGUUGUAGCGUUUACUGUACUUCCAGAAAUGACAAAGAGGGACAGUACACUUGUCAUCCAGAAACGGGAGGGAAGAUUUGUGGGAACGAUUGGUAUGGGGACAACUGCUCCACUUACUGCGUACCUCAAAAUAGUGAUUGGUUUGGCCAUUACAACUGCAGCAAGAUAGAUGGUAGUAAACAGUGUCAUAGUGACUGGCAUGGGAGCCAUUGUACGCUCUUCUGCAAACCUCACAAUGACACACAUGGGCAUUACACUUGUGAUAGGACAAAUGGUAGUAAGGUUUGUUUGAAAGAUUGGUUUGGAUCCGAGUGCAAAACUUAUUGCAAAGCAAUGAACAACUCAAAAGGGCAUUACAACUGUGGUAUCCAGGAUGGCACUAAGACAUGCCACGAACACUGGCAUGGCACCAACUGUUUAGUACAUUGCACGGCUGUUAAUGACUCUAGAGGUCAUUAUGAGUGUGAUCCUAACGAUGGGAGCAAGAUAUGCCAUCGGGACUUUUACGGUCCAAACUGUUCAACACACUGCUCUGCUAAGCAAAGUAUUAAAGAGGGAUAUUAUGACUGCAACAUUAAGGAUGGCAGUAAGACUUGCCAUCUGCACUGGUACGGACCAAACUGUAGUGUGUACUGCAAAGCGAGGAAUGACUCUUGGGGACAUUAUGAGUGUAAUGGGGUGAACGGGAGCUGGAGCUGUUUGGACGAUUGGUAUGGUCCCCGGUGCUCCGUUCACUGCGCUCCACGGAACACAUCCGAGGGACAUUACACCUGUGACUCAGAGACUGGAACCAAACUAUGUCUUCCAGGCUGGGCUGGGAAGUUCUGUAACCGUGAAACCGACCAAGUGACAAAAGGGCCAACCUUUCCAACUUCUAAAGCAAUUUCCUUGCCAUGGACUCAUCCAACCUUGCCGUCACAGUAUGACAACGGAAGGAUAGUAAUAAAGCUCUGGCAUCAAUGGAAAGGAGAAAAGUUUUUGAGAGAGGCUCUCGACAAUCUCAAAACUCUCUUUGCGAAGAAACUGAACAAGUUUUGUGGACUGACAAAAAACUUCCAAUGUGGACUUCCAGAAAGUUGGUUUUCUCGCAAUAGAUCACUCUUUGACUCUGACAGUGUUUUAGUGGAAGCGACUCAACUUUCAAACGAAACUCUAAAUGUUGAAGUAGCCGUGAAGCUUCCCGCAAGUGUCAAAGGUAAACUGUUCACUUGUGUUCGAUAUUUUGAGUGUUGCGUAAAGCCCCGGCCAAACGUUCGCAACACUUUCAACGCAACAUAUCGCAACAUUGUUGGGCGCAACAUGGUCAUAGCAGUCGGUGGUCUAGGCGGUCACGUGUCUCUCCUGUUUCGCGCCUUUUCAAACCCAAGUAACCUGUUAUUGAGCGGUGACUGCUGUGAUCCAGCAUGUGCGGAUUGCAACUAUUACUUCUUGUUUUGUAUCCGUAAUGACCCGAGCUCUGCCAGCUGCUUGGUAUCGGGUAAAACCAAGACAUAUCACAAUUACAAACACUUGGUGUUCACGUAUGGCGAUUCUCUUGGAAACGGCUGGCAAAAUCCUGUGGAAGGAAGUUUUAGUUCUUGGAAGGGUGUGCUAAGCUUUAGCAUUGAAGUCAUGGACUAUGACUACUUUUCCGGAGCUGAUGUCGUUGAUCGCUUCAGUGUGAACAAACUGAACGUGAUGCCAACCCCUUGGAUGGAGUCGAUCAAAUGGAGAACGAUUACACUUGGCGGAGGAGGCCAUCCUUCCACCAUGACAUUGAAAUAUAACGUACAAUGCAAUGCAAAUUACUAUGGGUCGAAUUGCACGACGUACUGUAUGGCAAAAGACAAUGAUGUAGCUGGUCAUUACACCUGCGAUAAAGCCGCCGGUCACAAGGUCUGUCGUACUGGAUGGCACGGUGUCAGCUGUAAGAUCUACUGUGUGUCUCAUGAUGAUGACACACGUGGACAUUACACUUGUGAGUCUGGAACAGGAAGAAAAGUUUGUCUACAAGACUGGUAUGAACCUAGCUGCACAGUGCACUGUGCAGCUAGGAAUGACUCUCUGGCGGGGUACUCUUGCGAUUCCCAGGGGCAAAAAGUUUGUUUGCGGAACUGGUACGGUAGGAAUCAGUGCAACGUUUAUUGCAAACAAACUAACAAUUCGAGCGCUGGUUACAAUUGUGGCUUAAAUGGGAACAAAGUAUGUUUACAAGACUGGUAUGGUCCAUCUUGCGAUUGCACGCCAAAGAAUGAUUCAUACAUGGGUUACAGGUGUAAUAUUAGCAACGGCAGAAGAGAGUGUCUUAAAGGAUGGUUCGGCGUCGACUGUAACAUCCAAUGUUUACCAGGAAACGAUUCAGUAGGUCAUUACACUUGUCACAAUAGGACUGGAGCUAAAGAGUGUCUUCCCAACUGGUUUGGGGAAAACUGUACUGUUUUCUGUAAGACCAGUAAUGAUUCUUCGGGUCGACAAGAGUGCACACUUAACGGAAGCCGACAUUGUGCCAGAAACUGGUAUGGUCCAAGUUGUAGCGUUUACUGUACUACCAGAAAUGACAAAGAGGGACAGUACACUUGUCAUCCAGAAACGGGAGGGAAGAUUUGUGGGAACGAUUGGUAUGGGGACAACUGCUCCACUUACUGCGUACCUCAAAAUAGUGAUUGGUUUGGCCAUUACAACUGCAGCAAGAUAGAUGGUAGUAAACAGUGUCAUAGUGACUGGCAUGGGAGCCAUUGUACGCUCUUCUGCAAACCUCACAAUGACACACAUGGGCAUUACACUUGUGAUAGGACAAAUGGUAGUAAGGUUUGUUUGAAAGAUUGGUUUGGAUCCGAGUGCAAAACUUAUUGCAAAGCAAUGAACAACUCAAAAGGGCAUUACAACUGUGGUAUCCAGGAUGGCACUAAGACAUGCCACGAACACUGGCAUGGCACCAACUGUUUAGUACAUUGCACGGCUGUUAAUGACUCUAGAGGUCAUUAUGAGUGUGAUCCUAACGAUGGGAGCAAGAUAUGCCAUCGGGACUUUUACGGUCCAAACUGUUCAACACACUGCUCUGCUAAGCAAAGUAUUAAAGAGGGAUAUUAUGACUGCAACAUUAAGGAUGGCAGUAAGACUUGCCAUCUGCACUGGUACGGACCAAACUGUAGUGUGUACUGCAAAGCGAGGAAUGACUCUUGGGGACAUUAUGAGUGUAAUGGGGUGAACGGGAGCUGGAGCUGUUUGGACGAUUGGUAUGGUCCCCGGUGCUCCGUUCACUGCGCUCCACGGAACACAUCCGAGGGACAUUACACCUGUGACUCAGAGACUGGAACCAAACUAUGUCUUCCAGGCUGGGCUGGGAAGUUCUGUAACCGUGAAACCGACCAAGUGACAAAAGGGCCAACCUUUCCAACUUCUAAAGCAAUUUCCUUGCCAUGGACUCAUCCAACCUUGCCGUCACAGUAUGACAACGGAAGGAUAGUAAUAAAGCUCUGGCAUCAAUGGAAAGGAGAAAAGUUUUUGAGAGAGGCUCUCGACAAUCUCAAAACUCUCUUUGCGAAGAAACUGAACAAGUUUUGUGGACUGACAAAAAACUUCCAAUGUGGACUUCCAGAAAGUUGGUUUUCUCGCAAUAGAUCACUCUUUGACUCUGACAGUGUUUUAGUGGAAGCGACUCAACUUUCAAACGAAACUCUAAAUGUUGAAGUAGCCGUGAAGCUUCCCGCAAGUGUCAAAGGAUCGGUUCCAAGUCGGACGCUGCAAGAGGUGGUAAUAAUCAACAAAGACGCCAUUAGAAAUGUCACAUCGGCGGAAGUAAAAGAGGUCCACGUUAUUUCGCCGAGCCUGCAGCCGGGCCUUUCAGGGUCAGCAGUGUCCACGAGGUCGUCAACUUCUUUGUCUUCUUCUCUUGUGUAUGUCAUCAUCGCCUUGGGUUUCACAGCUGUUCUUAUUCUUUUCAUCAUUGUUUUGUGGAGUAUUAUCAAGUACAGAAGAAAAUCUCGUGUACGUGUGAUCAAGGUAACGCCUGCAUGUAGCGAAUUGUCAACAGGAGACAAUAUCGCCUUAGUAUCAAGGGUCUUUGAUGAGGAUGAAGAAAGUACCAGGAAUUCUGACGGUAUGUCUCACUCCGCCGUUCUUCCCUGUAGCGUAGAUUAACACCCAAAAUGUUGACGAGCCAGACAAGUACAGACGAAGGUUCUAAUCGAUCUGGACCUAAUCAAUGUAUACUAGAGAGUUCUCAUGCAAAGCUUAAGAGACAAAAAUUGCAACACAUUGCUCUUU